AUGGAAACAAAAAAACAAUCGACUACUCUAUCCACAAGCAACAACGAAUAAAGCACUGAUGAUACAUAAAAAUCAGUAGAUGACUAAUAAUAAGAUAAAUCAAGCAGGGCUUUAGCAUUGCAGCAGCUUGUAGAUGAAAAAUAGAUCUAUUAUGUGAAAAAUGUAUUGAGAUUAAAUGAUGAGGAUUUGCUAAAAGGUAGAAUGAGCGAUAAGUUAAUUGAGACAAUUAACUAGGUUAAGCUUAAACACAGAACCUCUCUUAGUUUAGAUGGAUGGUCUGAGGACAACUACUAUAUUAGGUAAAAUUUGGUAUGCGAUAGGGUAUUACAUGGAUAAGAUCCAGAGUUCAAGGAUACUAUUGAGAGAAUCCACAUAGACGAAAUAAGUGUAGACGAAUUUAUUGAAAAAUACGAAAAAGGAAGCCGCCCUGUCAUAAUUCAGGGUAUUGUAGAGAGAUGGCCUGCAUCAGAAGAGUGGGGCGUUUAAAGACUUCUUGAAAAAUUUUCUGACGCUAUGUUUAAGAUAGGUGAGAGUGAUUCGGGAAGAAAGCUUAAAGUAAGCUUAAAAUAGUAUAUAGAGUAUAUGAUCUACAACAGGGAUGAUAGUCCUUUGUAUUUGUUUGAAAGUUCUUUAGAAGAUCAUCCAUAGGCAAAAGUAAUGAUGAAAGACUAUGAAGUGCCUAAAUUUUUCAAGUAAAAUUUAUUUUCAGCACUGAAAGAGGAUGACAUGCCUCCUCAUCGAUGGUUUCUUAUUGGGCCAAAAAGAUCAGGAUCUGAAAUCCAUUAAGAUCCUUUAAAUACAUCUGCUUGGAAUGCUAGUGUAUGCGGCCACAAGAGAUGGAUAUUAAUAGAACCAGGCCCAGGUAUCACUAAAAAACUGGUUAGAGGAAGAGAGCUGAUUUCCAAAGAAGAAGAUGAUGAGGCAAUCCAUUACUUUGACUUCAUAUUUCCAAGAGUUAAAUAAACAUAUGGACAUCGAUUAAGAAUUAUUGAAGGAAUAUAAAGACCUGGGGAAUGUAUUUUUGUGCCUGGAUAAUGGUGGCAUGCUGUACUUAAUUUAGAUGACACAAUAGCCAUUACUUAGAAUUUCUGCAAUUAUGGAAAUUUCGACAGAGUUUGGAUUGACACACGUACUGGUAGAAAAAAGCUGUCAUGUAAAUGGCUUAAACUGCUUAAGUUAAAAGAACCUGAGACUUAUUAAAGAGCACUUGAAUUGAAUAAGAGAGAUGAUUUUAUAAUGUGGGAGGAGAGAUCAGAUUAUGAGAGAAAGAAAAAGAAGAAGAGAAGAAGAAGAUCAGCUAGCAACAGCAGCUCCUCAUCCUCUUCGUCCUCGUCUUCUUCAUCUAGUAGCAGUUCAUCGGAAUCUAAAACAUCUUCACAUAGAAGCAAUGAUAAAGUGUCAAGAGAUAGCGAAAAAAUGAGAAGUAGAAGCAGGGAACUAGAUCAUUGA